AGAUAGCGCUGCCAGCCAGCACAAACACAGCGACAGCAGACAGUGCUGGUCGAACGAACCCGAUGCUGUUGUAGUACAGUUUUGACGUCUAUCCGCAUACACUUUUGUACAUGGACAAUUUCUAGAUUCGGUAUUUUCUAGUGGAUACUUUGGUUGGAUUAUUACCGAUUUAAAAGGAUACUUGCGAUCGAUUUUUACUUGAUGGAGUUUAUAGCAAGAUUUUAAUGGCGGAUUAGUUGAAAAGCAGUGCAAAAGUGAAAAAAAGUACCAAAGUUGAACGGUGUUCCUGUUCAUCGAUUUUCUGGCUAUGAAUAAUUUCCCUGUCACUAUAAUGGUGAAGUGUUCUCUUCUAUCGGAAACUGAGCGAAAAGUGAAUUGAUAGCCACGAAUGAUAAACAGCCGCAUAGCAAAGGGUGAUAUAUUGCGCGAAUAGUAUGCUCUUUACUUGAACUCAGUUCCGAUAAAAAUACUAACAGAAACGCUUCACCAUUAUAAAUCAACAAACUUACAGUUCAAAAUUUGUCAUCCUGGUGAAUUGAACAGUAACAAAUAAAAUAAGAAAUUCAUCUAUUGUGGAAAAAGGAAGAUCAAUCACAGGAAAACCGCAACGUAAGAACAUAAACUGUCUGUUACCAAUAAAAAAUUGCCUUAGCUGUCAGCGACAGACAUGCAGGCAGGCAGGCGUAUAUGACUGUGACAAGUGUGACAAGUGAAAUCCUUCCGCAGUUGGCAGUUGUCAAACCGGAAAAUAGUAAGAAAGAGUGAAACAUACGAUCAGUAUAACAGCGAUGGACUGAUGAAAAUCUAAUCAGACAAUGAACUUUCAUCGGCUGCAAGUGUGCUAAAAAGUUAUCCAAAUGUUCUAGAUCAUACCAGCUGACAUCCCAAGUGUAAAAUCAACGCAUAAUCACAAUCGUCCUACAUCAGAAACCUCACAACAAACGAAAUGACUUCCGUCAAGGAUACCGCCUCGUUCUUCGCCAACGGCAGCUCGAACCAGUUCGAUUUCGUACUAAAUCUCUACCCGCAGGUACUGAAACUGCGAGCCGAAAACAAAUGCAAAAAACCAGAGGAACUGAUCCGACUGGACGACUGGUAUCAGAACAUGCUACCGCAGCUAAUCAAAAAACGCGGCAAAGAACCGUUCAUGGUUCACGAAGAACUAGUGCAGACAAUGAAAUGGAAGCAAACACGGGGCAGGUUUUUCCCGCAGUUAUCGUAUUUGAUCAAAGUGAACACACCGCGAGCGGUUCAGAAUGAGACCAAGAAAGCAUUCAAAAAAUUACCGAACCUCGAACAGGCCAUCACGGCGCUAUCGAACCUGAAGGGAGUUGGCACGACCAUGGCCUCGGCACUGCUGGCCGCUGCUGCACCGGAAACCGCACCCUUCAUGGCAGACGAGUGCCUGAUGGCGAUACCGGAGAUUGAGGGCAUAGACUAUACGACCCGCGAGUACAUGAACUUCGUGCAGCACAUCCAGGCCACAACGGAUCGGUUGAACGAAGAAGUGCAUGGACCAGUGAGUAGUUCGAACAAUGACGGCAGCAACGACGACGAAGAGGAGGAUGAUAGCAGCAACGAUGCGCCAAAAAUCGAAAAGAAAUGGUCCCCGCACAAUGUAGAACUUGCCCUGUGGACGCACUACGUCGCAAGAGAGCUACAGCCUGAACUGUUGGACGAAAUGCCGGCGGCCGCUAGCGGUACUAAAAAUAGUUACUCGCGAAAUCCGGUGUCCACCACGAAGACAACCACGACCACAACGCCUGCCGCUACGAACGGAGCUUCGGUAUCGUUAGCCUCCUCCGAGAAUAACACCAUGGAGGAACCUUCCGACGAGAGCAAUCUAGAUACGGAACUGGGCAAGGCGACAUCGGAUGAAUCCUCAAAGGAUAACAAGUAUACCGACAGUUUGGACGAGUGUACCAAGUCGGAGGAUAGCCUGGAGAAGCCCAGUACGACCACGACCAGCAUCCGGAACAAUAAUGGCGACGAGGUGAUUGACAGUGACUCACAGAGCAGUGCGAAGCAGUCGACGACCGGUGGGGAAGAGGACGAGGACGACGACGACGAAGAGGAAGACGAGGACGAGGAAGAGGACGAAGAAAGUUCCGUGGAUGGGGCUACGGAGGCCAAAAAAGCCAAACUCGAGUAAAAAUGUCAGGGAGAAGGGAUGAGUUGGUGGUUCUCCGUGCGAAGAUGGCGACAACGACGACGACGACGAUGGAGGCGGGUGAAAGUUUUCUAUUUGCAAUUACGAGCCAGGAAAGUAAAAGACCGAAUCUGGCAGCUGGAAGGAAUAACAAAUCAAAAUCAGUUAACAUAAUUAACGUCGAAGAGCUACCGACCGACAGAGCCGGUGUGAAGGAAGGGCACCAGGGGACUGGUAGUUGGACAAUCUGUGCAUGGGUGACCAAGGGUGGGUGGAGUAAAGAUUGCGGUUGGGACGACGUAUUGCAACUGAAAAUACUAUGUACAAAUUAUGUAAAACUGAUUGCGAGGGAAAAAUCAUGUGGGAGUAGAGGGAAAAUGGGGAAAUCAGUAGCAGCUGAGACAAUUUCAAUUGAGAUUGAGAUUGCACGGAAGGGCAAAGGAUGAAAUUCGAUAAGAUACAUAUAUCACUUGCUGGGUGGCUCCCUUCCAUGUUUGCAGGACUUUUUUAAGUGUAUUUACAGCGUGAUUGCUACAAAGGGGAAGACGGAAGAAAGCUUGGAAAUUGACUCGCAAACUUUUCGGAACCAGCUAAACCUUCGAAGUGCUAGUUGAUGUUCGGUGUCUUAAUUGUUUUUUUUUAUUUGGUCUAUAUUAUGGCGCUCCGUUGCUUUCCUCUAUAUGACUACGUUGACUUAAUUGGAUGAAGUGGAAAAUACACUUCUCUAAUUUAUCUCCUUUAGUGGGGUCAUCCUUCGACAGGAUAGGCAAUUAAAGAUAUAUCACUAUUUAAUUACAUCUGGAAGCAAUUUUAUCCCAGUUCUUCGUUGCUCAUUAUUUGGCGCGACUUUUUUUUUUAGCUUAUUCUCAAAAUUUAGGACACCCACACAAAUAAAACAAUUCCCUGAUAGACGCAUAGGUUCUCAACUGUCUGUAUAGAUUUAAGUUGUAUACGGUCCCUAGCAUUGUGUAAUUUUUUUUGAACUCCAACGUCGUAUGCAAGUUAAUUCUAGGAUCCCGAAGAACUGUAUGAAAGUUAAUUGAACUAGACUGGAAAGUAUCAUUUAGCGUAAGCUCUCGGAUUAGCUAUUCGUGAAAUUACUAUAGAGACACUCGCAGAAAUAUUGGUCCACAGACCACCACUUUCAGUCUGAUGCCAGCAAAGGGAUAAUCGAAAGAUCAGUUUCAAAUCGACAUAAGUCAUUCAUCCGAUUAGAGAUGAAUUUUAUUAUUACUUAUUUCUGAUUCUGAAUCAUAUCAAAACAAAUUUUGUUCGGUUUUUCUUGGCUUUGAUCGAACCGCUUGCCAGGGCACAUUCCAACUCUAGACAUUGUUUUGUUUGUUCAAAUAAAAUUAAAAUUAAACCAACCCAAUACAAACACACACACACGCAUAUAAGUAACACGUAUACAUAAAAGCGAAGUCAAAAAUAGAAGAUAAAUGUUUGGAUCUAAUUCAAAAUCAACGUCAAAGACCCAUAUUUUCAGUUUCAUGAAAGUGUUUGGAGAUAGCAUAAAUACUGGAAAUAGUUAUAGUAUGACUGUGUGGAAAAAGAAAAUUAAAAAGUUUCGGUUAGUAGAAAUAUUGAGCUAAGCAAACUCUUAUAAAUAUAAAUUCGUAUAGGAAUUAUUUAUUGUAACAAUUAAUUAUUACCAUUAUUAUUGAGAUGAGAAUCAUUCAGAAUUAUCACUCACGACCUAAUCAAACAAAAACAAAAAAAAAUGAAAUUUGACUAUGUACGGAUACAGUCAAUCGUUUAAAAAAGAAUGAAACUAGUAUUAGUUGAAGUUUUUGUUUUCCUUACGAAUAACAUUAAGUAAACCCAUUAUACGAGCAUGUUACAGCAAAUGAAGAAGCAGAAAAAAAGAAAUAUAGAAAUGGCAGUUACUGACAGACACCAUCCCAAAAAAACACUACAAGUAAAGUAUAAACAAGCCGAAACCCUGUAGAUGGACUACUAUUACCAUAACACACAUGAGAAUGGGAUAAUGGUGGUAACAUUGAACAAGAAAAUUAUUAUUGCAAGACAAACUUAUAUACAGUUACGGAAAAAAACAAACAGUAGUACUAGGAACUAGUAAUCAAACCAAUAAGGAAAAAAGCAAAAUAAAAAAAAACAGAACAAAACAAAACAGAAACCACUAAUAGCCUUUAAUAAGAACAAAACAAAACAUAAU